CGCGCCCCGGCAUGGGCAGCCGCGGGGCCCGGCGAUGAGCGCUCCCCCGGCCGCGACCCCCCGCGCGAAUAUGGGCACAGCCGUGUCCAAAAGGAAGACGCUCAGGAACGAGGCCAUGUCGUCCGUGGCGGCCAAAGUGAGAGCGGCGAGGGCUUUUGGAGAAUACCUUUCACAAAACCAUCCUGAAGGCAGGAAUGGCUCAGAUCACCUGCUAGCAGACUCCUACAUCGGGCAGGAGGACUCCCCUGAGCUGCAGCAGGUGGCCCAGAACAAGCGCAGGCUCUCGGUCAUCUCGGACGGCAAAUUCGAGAGGAGCUUCACCGAGGAGCAGGCGGAGAAGCUGCCGAGCGAGGGCCCCAAGCCACGGGUGUACACCAUCUCUGGGGAGAGGCCCAUGCUGUCAGAGCACGAGAACGACAGCAUGGAGCUGGUGGUGAUGAAGGGAGCUGCCCACGAGGAGUGUCACCACGGGCACCACGCGCACGGCGCCGCCGGCUCGCACGGCGCCCGCCACUGCAAGGCCUGGCCUGGCGGCCGCCAGGGUUCCAAGGAGUGCCCCAACUGCUCCAGGCUGGCUGCCCCUUCCCCGCAGUCCAUCGAGCUGGAGCAGCACCCACCUGGCGAGGCUGGGUGGCACAGGAAAAGGCUGGAGAGGAUGUACAGUGUGGAUCGAGUGUCUGAUGAUGUCCCCAUACGAACCUGGUUCCCAAAGGAGAACCUCUUCAGUUUUCACACUGCUACCACAACUAUGCAAGCGGCGUUCAGGGGCUACGCAGAGAGGAAGAGACGGAAACGAGAGAAUGAUUCUGCAGCUCUUAUCCAGAGGAAUUUUCGGAAGCACCUCCGCAUGGUGGGGAGCCGAAGGGUUAAAGCACAAACAUUUGCCGAACGGCGUGAGAGGAGCUUCAGCAGGUCCUGGAGUGACCCGACUCCCAUCAAAGCUGAUUCCUUCCAUGACUCUCGAGAAAGCCAUGACCUUCAGGAUUCCUGCGGGACUCUGGAUGGUGACUUUGACUUGAACUGGGAAGCAGAAAAGGAACUUGAAGCCAUGGCAUGUGACGGAGAAGACUUUAUUCCACCAAAAAUAAUGCUCAUCUCUUCCAAGGUGCCCAAAGCAGAGUAUGUCCCAACAAUCAUCCGCAGGGACGACCCCUCCAUCAUCCCCAUCCUCUAUGACCAUGAACACGCCACCUUUGAUGACAUCCUGGAGGAAAUAGAGAAGAAGCUGAACAUUUAUCGGAAAGGCUGCAAAAUCUGGAAGAUGCUGAUAUUUUGCCAGGGAGGCCCCGGGCACUUAUACUUGUUAAAGAACAAAGUUGCCACUUUUGCCAAAGUGGAGAAGGAGGAAGAUCUGAUCCUCUUCUGGAAGAGGUUGAGCAGGCUGAUGAGUAAAGUCAAUCCUGAACCAAAUAUCAUCCACAUCAUGGGCUGCUAUGUUCUUGGAAACCCCAAUGGGGAGAAGCUAUUUCAGAAUCUGAAAAACUUAAUGAAUCCUUAUAGGGUUGCCUUUGAGUCUCCACUUGAACUAUCAGCUCAAGGUAAGCAAAUGAUUGAGACUUACUUUGACUUCCGCCUUUACCGCCUCUGGAAGACCCGCCAGCACUCCAAACUGUUGGAUUACGAUGACAUUUUAUGAGCUGGAGAAGCCUUUGCAAGAGGAAGCUCAUCACCAGUGUCCAAGAAGUCAUGCUUUAUUGCAGAGAGACUUUUUUAUUGGCACGGGGAGCCCUUCACAGCCCUACAGGAGGCAGCAGCGCUAAAGGGAGGGAAGGAGGAGCCCUCGGAAGCAGGAAAAGGCUCCUGGGCCAGGAGAGACUGGAGGGAAGGGGGUGACAAUGACGGUGACACCUCGCUGGCCUCAGUCCGAGCCCCGGGGCCUCAGGAGGAGCUGUGUGAAACGAGGACAGGAUGGAGUUCCUGGCAGAACUGAGCUGUUUUGGGUCAGAAUGGGCCAGAUUUGAUUCCAGGUCCUUUUAAAGACUUUUGAAGCUCAGGUUUUCUUACAAAAAAAAAAAAAAAAACAAAACCACAAACCCAAUUAACCCAUGCACUACAGUGAAGAAGUCACCAGAGCACAGAGGGAGCAGGGGGUUGUCCUGGUGGGACUUUCUGUGCUGGGAGUCCUGGAGAGCAAGGACUGCUACACCUACUCCUGCAAGCUUAGAGCAAGAUGAUCCCAUUUCCAUGUGAAUAUAUACUGGGAUAUAGAACUGAAAUCUUCUUUUUUGUUUGUUUUGUUUAAUAGAAAAUAAGUGCAAUUUUUAUAGCAAGGGAGGGGGUAAAAUCCCUCCUGAUAUUUAAUUAGUUAAAAAUAACACACCAUAACCAAUAGAUGAGGUAUUUUUGGUCUGCUUGAAAAUAUAUUCAGAAUGGUAAUAUAUCUUCUGUAGACAUAUUUAAUCACCAGCAAACAUGGUUUUAACAUAAGUUAGCAGACCCUGCAUGUCUGCUGCAUUGGUUUGGUUCCUUUCAGAGUAGCUGUGCUGCACUACCUGUACGUGCUCUCACCAAUGUGUAGUUCUCCUCCAGUUAGCCACAACUUCAUUACUUUCUACUUUGCUGCUUGCAAAACUAUGGAACUUUAGUUUUGCUGAAAUACUUUAGGUUAGAGCACGGGACCUGGCUGGGAAUCCUCUGUCAGGCUCGCUUUGGUAUAAAAAUGAAUUAGAAAUUAAUAGCCAUGGUAAUGAAUUGUUGAUGCCAGUGUUUUGCUGUGUGUUGGGAGAGGAGCUCUCUCCUGUGUGGAGACCCCUCUGAGGGGGCUGAGCACUGAGGCAUUUGGGAGAAAUGCUGCUGGAGGGACACAGCACAGGCCUGGAGCAUGAGUUUGACUCUUUGUUCACUUGACUGCCAGUUGUUUGUGCAGAACCCACCCCUUUUCCCUGACCUGUUUCUUGGUCUGAGCUGCUCAGCCCCUCCCUUGGAGGACAGAGAAAACCCUGAGCUCUGUCAGAGCAGCCUGAGAGCCCAGGUCUGUACUUGGUAUUUGAUGGUACCUUUUGAAAUCUAUUUAUUUUUGUUUGGUUGGGUAUGGGGUUGCUUUUCUGGUUUUGGGAAUGGGGCUUUUUUCACUUUCUGCUGUCCUUUCAGAGGACAAACAGUACUUAGAGUCUAUGUAGGUCACUGGCAAUUCUGGGAGGUGACACAAGUUAUUUCUUUUACAAGCAAAGGAAGGAACAGGGAAGGAUUACUUUAUUUUCCUGAUUUCCUGCUAUCUCAAAUUUCUUGAUUGUGAAGUGAAGGAAAAUACAUGUACAAAUCUUCUUUUAAUUACUUACAAAGAGAACUUGUUGUUCUGAUCUGUAGAGUCCUCCUUCCCCCCUGUGGUUGUGAUUUUGGGGAGCAGGCCCCUGGCUAGAACUGCUGAACCCUUUACAUUUAGAGCAGUUUUAUAGCAAAACUUUUGAAGAAAUAAUGUACAUACAGUAAGGAGAGGAAUGGGUGGAGAGAGGUAUUUAAAGUCACUGAAAGCCUCACAGACAGGUGUGGGCUGUUGGGAGCUUUGGUGGCCACAUCUCAUCCCUGGACUCAGUCAGGUUUGCCAGACUUACAGUGAAGGGGAGAACAGGCACCAGUCUGUAGCUUUUGGAAGAAAAUUGUGCCGGAUAUAAAAGAAAAAGAACCCCAAAUUUAUGCCAAUUCUGUUUAACAUUGGAGCUUCCACCAGCUCUGCGUGAGAGGUGGGAGCCAGAGGUGCACUGAAAGCACAAAGUCAUGUUAUCUGGAGAAGGAAAUGGCUGUGGGAAGAUUAAAAUGCUGACACAAAACUCUCUCCCUUUCUGACCCUUUCACCUCCUAACUGGAGACAGGCAAACUGUUCUUCCUUUCUCAGAUCCCAAUUCAGUGAACUUGGUAGCAUGAAUGUAGCAUUGUGCAACUAUUGAAAAUCUUAUUUAACCCCCAAAGGGCCCAUUUAUGUAUCCACUUGAGUGAUUUCUCUGUAGAAUUGUUGUAUAUCCUCACUGACCACUUGUAGUACUUGGGGUGCAAAGUAGAAGGUAGAUUGUACAGUAAUUUCUGUGUUGGGAUGGACACUAUGGACUGUUCUGGUGCAGUUUAUGGGAUAUGACAACUGAUGAAUGCAUUUCCCUCCAAAGAUCUAUAUUCCUCAUAGCUUGUGAUGUUUAUGACAUGAACAUAUUUUUUCCUUUGUAGCAUUCAUAUGCCUAAAGAGAUGAAAUUCUCUCAGAGCUGUGACUGGAAUAGAGUUGUGAUGUUUGAUGUCCUGUGUGCAGCAGCAUCCUUGGAGUUAACCACUGGUGACAGAGGAAAACACUUUUAUUCCCUUUUUUCACUGGUGGAGUUUUUCAGGUGGCUGCUGGGAAAGGAAGGGUUUAGCAGAGGCAAAUAAAAAUUGUAAUUAUUUUUAAAUUUAGAGGUAAAAAUAGAGCCUGGAAGUUCCUCAGUGAGAGCAGCCUGUAAAGGAUGAGCCCAGCAUGGUCCCAGGCAGGACAGCUCCAAGGCCCCCUGUGCUCCUGCAGCAUCCCCUGGAGGCUCUGGGCUCUCCCAGUGCCCUGCCUGGGGCAGCUGUGGCCCUUGGGCACAGGGACAAUCUGCAGUUCCACUCCAGCUCUCACCCUCUGCUCUCAGGGCGUGUCUGAAACCAGUUCUGCCCUGUGCCUGCGGCAGUUCCUGUGCCUGGGCUGAGCAAAGAGCAGCUCCAUCCCCCUGCCCCGUCCCAGCAAGGAACUGCUGCUGCUCUGAGCUGCUGCUCUGAGCCUGGAGCUGCCUUCAGCUGGGUGGGGACACCUGGUUCACUUGAAGAGAAGCUGAUUGAACCCAGGUGGCUGAGCUGGGUGCCAGCCCUGGCUGCUCACCAGGCACGGGUGGGGUUUGUGCUGCCCUCGCUGGAGGUGGUGCUGGAUGUGACCCCCAGCCCAUGCCUGGGUAAAUGUGUUAUCACAUUUACCUGAUCAGUGUGAUAAAUGUGUUAUCACAUUUACCUGUUCAGUGUGAUAAAUGUGUUAUAUCACAUUUACCUGAUCAAUGUGAUAAAUGUGUUAUAUCACAUUUAGCUGAUCAGUGUGAUAAAUGUGUUAUAUCACAUUUAGCUGAUCAAUGUGAUGUGUUAUCACAUUUAGCUGAUCAAUGUGAUAAAUGUGUUAUCACAUUUACCUGAUCAGUGUGAUAAAUGUGUUAUAUCACAUUUACCUGAUCAAUGUGAUAAAUGUGUUAUAUCACAUUUAGCUGAUCAGUGUGAUAAAUGUGUUAUCACAUUUACCUGCUCAGUGUGAUAAAUGUGUUAUCACAUUUACCUGAUCAGUGUGAAAAAUGUGUUAUCACAUUUAGCUGAUCAGUGUGAUAAAUGUGUUAUGGCCUGGGCUGGCAGUGUCACUCCAGGAGAGGAGGGGGCAGGAGGGGUCUCAGCUGUCCCAGCCCUGCUGCUCAGCCUGGCUCAGAGCUGGGAGUGCCCCCAGGAUGUUCUCUGGUGCCUGCAGGGAAUGUUCACCCAGCUGGAGAGGCCUGGGGCAUCACAGGCUCCGUGGAUGUGGCACUGGCAGAGAGGCUUUUCUCUUUUCCUCUUGUGUGGCUGGGAAGGAAAGGGAAGGAAAUUCAAAUUACCCAUGGAAUAUAGAAAUAGCUAGAAACAUAAAGCUUUUUGCACCUCUGCUCGUGCUGCAGCCACCAGCUUCCCUUUGCAGCUGACCUCCAGGCCUGGGCUGGGAAACAUGAAUUCCCUGAUAAUCCCUUCCUGUGUUAAACAAAAGCAGAAAAAUCCUUGUAGCUCCAGCAAAACAUCUGACUGCAGAAGGUACCCAGCCAGCUCAUCCUGCCUGUGUGAGGACUCUGCUGUGGGAUCCCACCUGCUCCCAGCCCUGGAGCCACCAGAGCCAGUGGAGGGGCUUGGCCUCUGUGCAGGAAUUUAUUCUCUGCUCAGCCUGGGCUUGCUGCCUGGAGCUCAGCACAGGGUUCCUGCUCCCAGUGGUGCUCCCAUGGACACCCCAGGCUCUGCCCAGCUCUGGGGGAUGCUCCAGGGCAGUGUGAGCUGGGAUUUGGUGUCAGCACUGCCCAGAGCCACCCCACAAACAGCCCCUGCUGCUGCCUUGCUGGCCUGUGCUGGCAGCUCCUGUUGCCAGCUCUGCACAGAGCUGCUCUGCACCCUCAGCAGCACCACUGGGGUUGGCUGAAGGAAUGGAGAAUGCUGGAUACAAACAGCCAGCCUGGCAGGAUCUGGGACCCUGCCCUUAAUGCCAGCCCCAUUCUUAACCCCACUGGAGGGGGAAUGCCAGGCUCGCUCUGCUCUCUUGGUCUAAAUGUAAACAUUCAGCCUCUCACAAGCUGGUUUGAGUCACACUCAGCUGUUAUUCAUAGGAUGUGUUACUGUGUGAGUGGGGAAACCCUUCCAGGGCCCUUCCAGCUGGCACCUGCUGGCAGAGCCCUCCUGGGCUGUGCCCUCAUUCCCAGGGAACUGGGCCCCACUGCCCGCUGGGCUCAGGUGAAGCUCAGCUCAGGUCAAGCUGAGCUGCUCUGUGCUCUGGGCUUUGCUGUGCCAGUCCCUGGAGCUGGGGACAGCCCUUCCCGAGGAUCCCAGUGUCCUCCCAGGGGAUAUUGAGUGCUGAUACCAUCUUCCACAUCAUCUGUAAAGACUUUGUGAUCCUGUAUUUUGUCCCACUGACUACAGCCUACCCCUGGCUUUCUGCAUCUUCAUGGAAGUGUUUUCUACUCCUCAUUCUGGAAACACAAGCCAAAGUCAACUGGAAACUGUUACUGGCAAGUCAGCCUGGUAAUGAUCUCCUCUGUGGGAGCUGAGGGUGUAAAUGGGUGUUUGAAGGUUCCUGACCCUGAUUUGGAUCAUUGUUAUUCCAGGUGAUCCUGCUGUGUCAUGGGCACAGUUCAUGGUAAGAUAACCUCUGCUGGGGCAGUGCAUGAUCUAUCAAAGAGCACCAGGAACCAGCAGCAGCUUUGGUUGAGAAAUAACUUCAGCCCAGUUUACUGCCAGUCAGUGUGACAAAUGUAAAGACUGAAAGGAAUAAACAUUGUGGACAUUAAAUGUAAAGAAUCCAUCUGAAGAGAAAGUACAUUGCUUUUUCCCAUAAAUGUUUAGUAAAUAUUAAAGAACUAAUGCAACCUAAUAA